CAUGAAACUGUGAGAAACAGUAAAACACUUUAGCACCUGAUCGACUUGACGAAAAGCUUCUGCUGUUUCUGAGAUUUUUGUAGUUGCAUCACUGAGUUGUUUGAGACUGUAACCACUCAGACUAAGGUAAUGUCUCGGCUGGUUCUACUGCUGGGGGUGCUCUUGUAUGUGGGGGCUCAGCUAUCCCAGGCUCAGCACUGGUCCCAUGGUUGGUACCCCGGAGGGAAGAGGGAGCUAAACUCCUUUGAGGUUUCAGAAGAGAUGAAGCUUUGUGAGACUGGGGAAUGCAGCUACAUGAGACCUCAGAGGAGGAGUUUCCUUAGAAAUAUUGUUCUGGAUGCCUUGGCCAGAGAGCUCCAAAAAAGGAAGUGACCCUUCACCUGUCAUGCUGCUUUUCUACACUGCGACUCUCUUCCUUGGUAUUUUUGUUUGGGAGCAACCCUGUGAUCUUUCGUCUUUUUUUGUUGUUUUUUAGCAUUGCAAUAUUGUUCUGUUGCAAAAGAAGUGUCUAUUUUGGAUAACUUUAUACUUUGUCAUUUUAGGAUCAUCUAAGCACAAUGUUUCUGUCCUGUUUUUCCACUUGAGUUCAUUGUUUAAGUUGCUUUGGUGAUUAAAAACAUGGAGGAAAAC